AUGAUGAAUAAAACCUCAUAAUUCAAAUCAUUAUUUCAGAGUCCCUAAACUUCCUUUUGGGAUGACUGUAAAAUGGAGCACUUUAGUAAUGUGAGUUUGGAAGGAAUCUUUUAAGCAAAAAUGGGAGAAUAAACUAUCAAUGUAUAUAUAAAGGUGAAAUACUCAUACUUGAUAAUGAUAUAGGGAGAUGUACAAAUUUAAUUAUGAGACAGAAAUAACUAAUAGCAAAUAUAGAGAAUGCUAUAAUUUACAUGAUAAGAGAUGGUUGUAAUGAUGUGGGAGUAAAAAUACUAAAGGGAAUAGUGUGGUUAGAACUUUAUGGAGAAGUAAAAGAACUGUUUAACGUGUUAAAGAAGUAAUGUAUUUAAAUAGACUUUGUAUUAAAAUAUAAGGUAAAGAAAUUGAUGGCCAAAGGUACCUUUGCAAAUGUAAAAUACUGUAUUAAUUAUUAUUAGGUUUUUUUAGCAGAAAACACAAAGACAAAUGAACUAUUUGCAAUAAAGUGUUUUGAUAAGAAUUAAAUAUUGAAGAGUUCAAAAACUUUAUAAUCUUUGUAAAAGGAACUAAAGAUUCUUAGAUUGAUGAAACAUAAACAAGUAAUGAGUUUAAUUGAGACAUUCGAGACAGUGAGUUAUGUUUUUGUAGUACAAGAAUAUUUAAGAGGAGGAGACUUACAUGAUUAUAUAGCAAAAGUAGGUUAAUUGUCAGAGAAAAAGGUUCAUUCUGUAAUAUCUCAAUUAGUGAAUGGACUAUAUUUUAUUCAUUCUUAAGGAGUAAUACAUAGAGAUAUUAAACCAGAGAAUUUAAUUUUGAGAAGUUAAGACAAUGUAGAAGAUCUGGUUAUUUGUGAUUUUGGAUUAGCAGAUUUUUAUAAUUUAGAUGGUAAUUACUUAUAUAAAUAAUGUGGAACGCCAGGAUAUGCAGCUCCAGAAAUUUUAAUUGGUCAGUCUUAUGAUUAUAAGGUGGAUGUUUAUAGUUUAGGAAUAGUAUUCUAUACUCUUAUAACAGGUAGGAGACCAUUUCAAGGGAAGAACACUGAUCAGAUUUUUUAAUUAAAUGAAAAAGGAGAGAUUAACUUUCAGAAUCUCCAUCUUAAAGCUGAAGGAUUGAAUUUAUUAAAGAAAAUGUUAGAAUUAAGACCAGAUAAUCGCUAUUCGUUAGCAAUGAUUAAAUAACAUAUCUGGUUAAAAAGAAUUAACAUCAAAACUCAUUUAAGUUUAUAAAAUAUCAAUUUACCAGAAAGUCUUAAAAGUGGAGGUAGUAUCACUCCAAGAACACUUAUGACUAAAACUUACAAUAUUAAGUAGGUUCUUAAGACUGAGCAUAACUAAAGUACAGAAAGAAAACAUUAUAAGUAAUUUGGAGGACGCUACAAUAUUUCUAUAGGAAAUUUCACAAAUUUAUAAGGAAUCAUAUCUUGA